AUGAAACGAUGCUACGAUGAAACGUACUGUAACACAACAGAGUCUCCACCACAUGCCCCGUACUGUAACACAACAGUGUCUCCACCACAUGCCCCGUACUGUAACACAACAGAGUCUCCACCACAUGCCCCGUACUGUAACACAACAGUGCCUCCACCACAUGCCCCGUACUGUAACAUAACAGUGUCUCAACCACAUGCUCCGUACUGUAACACAACUAUGUCUCCACCACACGCCCCGUACUGUAACACAACUAUGUCUCCACCACAUGCCCCGUACUGUAACACAACAGAGUCUCCACCACAUGCCCCGUACUGUAACAUAACAAUGUCUCAACCACAUGCCCCGUACUGUAACACAACUAUGUCUCCACCACACGCCCCGUACUGUAACACAACUAUGUCUCCACCACAUGUCCCAUACUAUAACACAACUGUGUCUCCACCACACGCCCCGUACUCUAACACAACUAUGUCUCCACCACAUGCCCCAUACUAUAACACAACAGUGUCUCCACCACAUGCCCCAUACUAUAACACAACAGUGUCUCCACCACAUGCCCCAUACUAUAACACAACAGUGUCUCCACCACAUGCCCCAUACUAUAACACAACUGUGUCUCCACCGAAUGCCCCCACUGUAACACAACUGUGUCUCCACCGAAUGCCCCCACUGUAA